AAUUUUGAAGUAAAAACUCUCUCUAAUUCGUACAACGUCACCUGCUUUACUCUCUGAAUUUCCUUCCUUCUUCUUCUUCUCUGCCAUGGCGAUCACCAUUGUUGACCAUCAAGUUCCGUCCGAUUCCCACAAUUACUUCGAUAUAACUCUGGACUCCGACGAGCCGAUUCUGACUCUCCUCACCAAUUCACCAUCCAUGGUAGAGAAUUGGAUUUCCGAAACCCUCGCCCUUCAAACCCCACCUCUCAUGGUGGGGCUGGACAUCGAAUGGCGCCCUAACAACCGGUCGUACGACAAUCCCGUGGCCACCUUACAACUCUGCAUGGGCCGCCGCUGCCUGAUUUUGCAGCUGAUACACACACCCGAGAUCCCUAAAUCUCUGUUCGAGUUUCUGGAAAACGAAUCAUUGACAUUUGUUGGAGUGGGAAUCGACGAGGAUGCUGAGAAGCUGAACUGUGACUACGGAUUGAAAGUGGGGAAGAGGGUGGAUCUGAGGAAUUUGGCUGAGAGUGUAACGGGAAGAAGAGAUCUGAAGAAUGCGGGAUUGAAGAGAUUGGGGAAAGAGGUAUUGGGGAAAGAGAUUCAUAAGCCAAAGAGCGUGACGAUGAGUAGAUGGGAUCAAGAAUGGCUGACUCUUAAUCAGAAUAAUGCAUUAAUGCAAUGCAAAGAAUGUGAUCAUAGGAAUACAUCAGUCGAGCGCAACUUCACCGUAAGACUUUGCGAUUGAUCGUGCUCGCAAACAUCCACCCAAGAAGAAUUAUCGCAACUUGGUCGGUGCAAAUGGUGGGCGCAUCCGGACGAAAAGACAAUUAAGAUCGAUGGGACAGAAAGCUAACGGCAGUCGGAUCCUAAUUAAGUUGACAGUCGAUAACAGUCACAAGUACAUCUAGCUUUAUCAGUGACAAAUCUCCGACGCGUCAGUCAGGAAUUAAAGCUGUCCCAUCUUUACAACUAGGAGAGAGAAGCCGCCUCUCACUUUUGAUGUUUUUUAAAUACCAAAUGCAUUCUUCAGAGAAGGGGUUAAGCAGUCGACUACUCCAUCACUUUAUAACCUCUGUGCAUAGUUUUCUUUUCCAUUUUACGACAGAGCUAGAGAAGAGUUGUGACGUCAGAGAUCGUCCAAGGUAGCUUGAGAGAGAACAUUGGAGCGUAAGAGCAGAGAGUGGGCUGAUUCUCGCAAAAGCGAGAAUAUCUUUAGAGCACGAGUAGAAACAGUGUAACGCCUGAUGGCAA